AUGGACCAACUUCUGAUGCUUAUUUUUGCCUCAGUGACAGCAACUAACUACAUCAACGCAUUCAGUGGCAUCACUACGACAACAGAGCCCACCUCAAUGAACUUUAGAUCCUCCACUAUCUCAACAACAACAACGACCCCAGUGUACAGGACAACAGGAACUACUGCAAUAACCACAACUACUUCACAGUGUCAGAAUGGUGGUCACCCAGACAACGGCAUCUGCCUCUGUCCCGAUAACUACAUUGGAAAGUGGUGUGAAAUAGUUGCUGUGAACAAGGAGAAGGUAGCCUUCAACGUCCAAAUACUCACAUCCAGACCUGGUCAGCUGACCACCCACAACAUCAGCACAGCUGCAGAGAUAGCCAGCAGUCUGCUCUCUCUGCAGGAUUUACCAAAGGACAUUAAUCAGGCUGCAGUGACCACAGUCAGCCAGCUUCUUAAUGCUGAGGGGAACCAGUUUUCCAAGUCCACCAGGAAUUCUACCAACAGGGUCAAGGUGAAUAACCAAACUAAAGAUCACCAGUUGCCCACUGAUGUCCAGAUAACCAUCGACUUUAAAGAAGACCUGACUGAAAGUAGCGAAGAUGUCGGCAUUGUGUUGUAUAAUAAUGAUCUCUUCUUCAGGUCAAGUAAUUAUCAGCCCUCUCUGGACACCCAAACAAAAGUGAUCUCUGGAAAUGUGAUGAGAAACAACAUCGUCAAGCAUGUUAAUUUCAGCGUGAGCAAAAAGUCCGGCAUAAACAAAUGGAGUUCAAACGGCUGCUCAAAACAAGAUGGUCAGGGCAACUCUGAUGUGCUGACCUGCAGCUGUAGUCAUACUGCUAAUUUUGCUGUGCUCAUGAGUUUUGGCCAAAACUUCGAAUACUCCCUAGCUUUAGGCACCAUCAGUAUAACUGGCUGUGCUCUUUCCAUUGUGGGACUGAUCGUUACAGCACUGUUCCACAUCCUGACCAGGAAGUCCAGACAGACUGGUCCCACUCUCCUGCUGGUCAGCAUCUGCGUGUCCAUGAGCGUCUUCUACUUCCUCUUCAUCUUCGGCAUCCACAAUCCCGUCCAGCAGGCUUCCUCUGCUCCGUCGAACACCAACAUAAUUCCUGAGACCGACUUCUACCAGGAGCCAGACCGUGGACCGUGCACGACUUUCACUGCCCUGCUCCAGUACUUCCUUCUGGUCACAUUCAUGUGGAACACCCUGUACGCCGUCCACAUCUAUCUCCUGAUCAGAAACAUCUCGGGUCCACCGCAAGGCUUUGCAGUCUUCUGCGUGACAGCAGGCUGGGGCCUUCCAGCUCUGAUAGUCGGUACCUCGCUAGGAAUCACGUAUCGGACCAGCACGCCCUUAAACUACCGACAGGAGGAAUUCUGUUGGCUGGCUGGCUUUGAUCCGCAUAAGAGGCUUGACCUGCGGAAGCCACUGUUCUGGGGUUUCCUGCUGCCCCUGGCCAUCAUGCUCCUGGUCAAUGUUACCAUACUCAUUUACUUUUCGCUCAGAACCUGCAAUCCCAACCCAGAGCUCAGCAGUUCGCAGGUGAGGCCUCUUCAGAAGAAGAUACUGAGUAGUUUCUCACUGGCAGUCAUUCUGGGUGUGUCCUGGAUCAUCGGCUACUUCAUGCUCCUUACCACUGACCCGGUCCUCAACAACAUCCUCACAUUUGUCUUCUGCCUCUGUAACACCACACAGGGCAUCCAGAUCUUCAUUUUGUUCACUGUUAGAACAUCACUCUUCAAGCAGAACUUUGUUGUGUUUUGUAAGUUCAUUUCCAUUCCUAAUGUGGCCAUUCACAGGCAGAGAUAUUCUUUAUGGCCUGCCAGGGGGAAUGAUCCACUUGAACGAUACACAGCCAAUAACUUUGAGCUCAUUGAAUAG